GUGUGUGUGUGUGUGUGUGUGUGUGUGUGUGUGUGUGUGUGUGUGUCCACGCUACACCAAAUUGCCCUCCCUGAGACACACUCUUCUUCGGAUGUAGUGCCGCUACAUCCUCAUUAGGACGAGGAUGUAGCGGCACUACAUAGGAUGGUGAUUACUGCCCACUGAAGUGUCUAUGAUUCUGAGUAAUUAAAUGGAAUCGGCACAUCAUAUAAUCUAAAAAUAACGGAGUUGGUGAUUAUUCUAGCACAGUCAGCUGAGGGACACGGAGGGACACUAGUUAGGGAUAACCUGGUUAAGAAAAUUGAAGGAAAAAGAGUUCAACCGAGUCCUUUAAAGCCCUGCAAGAAAACAUCUUUCAGUUGAUGUUGCCCGUGAGGAAGAUUAAAAGACGCCUGGAGAGGUCACGCUACCUCGGUAUAGCUGACUGCUAAGUGGAGGCACAGCAUCUGCUGAUGCAUUCACAAUCAGGAGCGCACACACGCACACACAACAUUGGCAAAGUUACUGUUCAAAUUUCAUGUGAAAUGAAAAGUAAUAAUACAAUCUGACAAUGUUUGGAUCUUGCUUGUACUUUGCUUACAUAUACAGUAGUACAUUGGCUCUAUUACAACCAUUAGGUACUAACUACUUCUCAGAAUACAAGUUGUUGCCACUUGGUACUAAAUAUGUGUUAUUAUACAAGUGUCCAUACAGUUGUAGCUUCUCUCUCUCUCUCUCUCUCUCUCUCUCUCUCUCUCUCUCUCUCGGUGUAUCUUGCCCUUGCAGAGACACAUGGAGUUGCAUAGUUAAGCAGGAAACAACUAAAACCCACUUAAAUAUCUGAAAAGACCCUUGGGGGGGAAAGCAGGCCAUUUGUGUAAUGAUACAUUACGUAAGCACCAUUGUUAUAGGUUUACAUUGUAAAAGGUACGAGUACUGAGUACUGUGUGUGAGCAUGUGCUUACUUUUGAGUGUGAUGUUGUAACGUAUUUAAGGCAUAUUGCAUGGAAUGUUUUUUUUUUUUCAAGUAUUAAUAAUAAACCCUCUUUGUUGCUGUUGUGAGUUCAUUAAACUUUAAUUAGACUAGCGCACUAUAAGCAUAUUUAUAUUGCACAUUGUUUUAUUUAUUUUCAUUGCUUCCUUUUUACAGCGGUUCUUCCUGCUGUAUAUCCGUUCAAUCCGUUCAAACCGAUAUAUUUUUAAGCAAAGCAUUUCCCAGUUGGACUUAAAGUGGCCUUGGAAAUUAAUAAUUUUAGCAUCUCCACCUCUUUACAUUUCAUCUCUGAACUCGCUGAAACAUUGAAUCGCAGCUUUCCAUGUCUCCUUCACUUGCAGUUUGCACCUAGAAGGCAGUCCCGGUUACUAAUAGCAUAAUUACUUGAUGUGUUAGUGAAUCAGCUGGUAAUUACACACAGGCUGUGUGCGCAAAUUCAAUUACUUGCGCUUUGCUUUCAUGUAUUUAAAUCCGUCUCUUAAGCUUUCAUGUGGCUGCUGUUUAUUAAUAAUAGUUUACAAAUGUGAAAAUUAGUAAAGUAAUUAAAAUGUAUUUAACACAUUAAUUGUGAUCAAAGUACAAUAGAGUACCAGCCUGAAAAGAACUCGGAGCCAGUGAAAAUGCAGUUAUGGCUUCCUUAACAAACAAGUAGAGAAAAUGUAACACGGUCAUCUUAAUGGAUUCUUUCUUUUAAAUAACAAGACUUUUAACAGUCCGUCUCUGUGCUUUUUAUUUAGAGAAGCAGAAUUUAAACUCGCACACAUAAGAGCUUAUAUAACCUUUGUGCAGCAUUAAGCGAAUACUGUAUGUAAAGGAGUCACAAGACACAGUGCUAUAGGGGGACCCGCUGCCUUGUACUGUAUGUCCUUGGUUUACAAUUAGACUAAUAAUAGAAAUAGUUCCUGUAAACUGCACCCAGGCAUGCAGUUUUUGUCUUCCUGCAAGCAAAUACAAUAACUUUUCUGCACUGUAGAAAGACAAUGUCCAUUCUUACAGCUCAACAUGCCCUAAGAGGUGAGAGGCUGUGGAGAUGUCGACGGUCAAAAGAGCCCCGAACACUGAAUGUUACUAAUUUGAACAGUGUGAAAGAGUGUUUGAAUCUUGGGGUGAUUAUGAGAAACACUGCCAUUAAACAAUAAAUAAAUGAAACAGGAAGGGGUGAGAGGGUGGGGGAAGGAGGCAAGCCUUGUGCCCUGACAGUUUAUCAUUGGUUGGAGCCACAGGGAAGGGGAGGGGCCUCAGUGACACUGUUUCUGUAGAGAGAGAGGCAGAGGGAGAGACAGCAAAGGAGGAUAAAUGAACACGGGGGGUUUCUCCCAGCAUCGGUAUGCCUGCCUACCUCAUAUCCAGUUCAGACAUAGUUGCUGCUCCUCUGGAUAGAAACAACAGCUGAGGUGUGAUUGUAUGUGUGUGUGUGUGUGUGUGUGUGUGUGUGUACGUGUUUUAAAUAUCAGUCACCCUGCGCACCGCCUUCAUCCUCUCGGCUCACGGCAGUCCACUGUGAUCUUACUGCGAAGGACCAGACAGAAAACUGAGACAAGAGCAAGUGGACAUAGAGUGAAAAGAGGCAAGAAACAAGAAGAAGAAGAAGCUGGAGAGAGAAGCAGGACGGGCAGAAUAAAAAAGGGGAUAUUACGCUUAAUGUCUCCUUCAUGUACACGGCACAUUACACAGUAAUGUCUUUUUCCUGGAAGCUGUGACUCUGUGGACUAUAGAGAGAUAAAAGAGAGCUUCAGUCUGUGCUUUCAGCAGCUGCAGCAGAUGUUGAAGACAUCCUUGACUUUAUAGGGAGCGGAGGCAUUUCAAGCAUAGAUUGGACUGGAAUUCCUUUAAACAAAGUCACAUUUCAUUCUUUUUAUUUUGUAUUUCUUCAGCUGGGAAGUUUGCUUAACCGGAAAGACGAGAAGGAAUACAAACAUUUCUUUUUGUGUGUUUUGUCUGUUUUUACGCUGGUGGUUUUGUAUAUUUAUUGUAUAUUCGUAAAACCACAACUGCCCGCUCCGACGACAAACCCUGGGGGGCUUCUCACCUUUCUCUGUCCUUUCCAUCCCUCCUGCAUUUGAAAUGGCAGAUGGCAGCCGGCUCAUCAUGGAACCGAAGCAUGGAGCUUUUUGUUUGGACUGAAACCACACAGCUCCUUUCAGAACCAGCCAGUUGCCUGUCAAAAUAGUGGGUUCUUCGGAUCCCCGUACCCUCGAAGGGCCCCCGAGACACAUAUUCCAGCCCAAGACGAUGAAUUCCUCCCUGGAUCCACUGAACCAGAGCUCCGCUGACCCGUCAAACAUAUCCGCUCCCUUCUGCCUACUUGCGAUAGGCUAUUCCCAAAUUUUCACCACCUGCCUCCUUGAAGUCUCCAUCAUAUGUCUUCUCACUGUUCUCAUUAUUUCUGGUAACCUGGUGGUGAUUUUUGUGUUUCACUGCGCCCCCUUGCUCAGCCAGCACACCACCAGUGCUUUCAUCCAGACUAUGGCGUACGCUGAUCUGCUGGUGGGGGUCAGCUGCCUGUUCCCCUCGCUGUCCCUCCUCCAUCACCUCCAGGGUCUCGACCCCAAACUCACCUGCCAGGUGUUCGGGUACAUGGUGUCCGUUUUGAAAUCGGUUUCAAUGGUGUCGUUGGCGUGCGUGAGCGUAGACCGCUACAUUGCCAUCAUGCGGCCUCUGACUUACGCCUCCCUGGUGACACCUUGUCGAGUGCGAUGCUGCAUCGUUCUGAUAUGGCUGUACUCCGCUCUGGUGUUUCUCCCGUCGUUUCUCGGUUGGGGGAAACCUGGCUACCACGGGGAUGUGGUGGAGUGGUGCGCGGUCGAGUGGAGGACCAGUCCGGCUUUCACGACCUUCAUAGUCGCGCUGCUCUACGCCCCGGCUGCCCUCACGGUUUGCUUCACCUACGGCAACAUCUUCAAGAUCUGCAGACAGCACACCCGGGAGAUCAGCGAGCGCCACGCACGUUACCGGCCCCAACAGCUGCAGGGCCCGGGAUCGACGGUGGGAUUGGCCGUCAAGGACGGCAGUGCAGUAGAGCAAGGGCAGUUGUCCCACUUGUCCCAACCACAAAAAUCCCAAACACAGUAUCAGCAGCCCACGUCAACCUACCCAGACAAGCGAUACGCUAUGGUACUGUUCCGCAUCACCAGCGUGUUUUACAUCCUCUGGUUGCCCUACAUCGUCUACUUUCUGUUGGAGAGCGGUGGGAUCUACCACCACCCUGCCGUCUCAUUUUUCACCACAUGGCUCGCCAUCAGCAACAGCUUCUGUAACUGUCUCAUCUACAGUCUCUCCAAUUCUGCCUUCAGGAAGGGCCUCAAACGCCUCUGCUCCUUCUGUUUGCAGCGCAGUGGCAGUAGUGGCUUUGGGGUUAGGAGCACCAAGAAGGCGUUCGUUGGUUCUGUCGAAAAAGGAUGUGGAGGAACUGGGUAUGGAUUCGGUCAUGGGGAAAUAGGAAUCGGCACAACAUGUCACGUGUAGAGCACACAAGAGAGGAAACCCUCGUGCCAAAUUAGCAUUUGAACUGGUUAAAAGAUGCCUGAUGUGAGUGCCUCUUUUGAAGCUUAAAUGUGCUGGAAAGAGGUGGAAGGAGCCGUUGAUCUGCCACUGCUGUCUCUGUCGCAUUUGGAGGUUACACAGGCGUCCUCUCUGCACACUCCACAGCUGGCAAAGACAGAGGAAAGGAGUCGAGAGCAAAGCGCUGAAGGAGAAAAGGCACAAAUAGCCAUGCAAGGUGUUUUUAAAAAUGGUCAAGAAAACUCAGAAUACUUACUUGUUGGAAAGGAGCAGAAAAAGGUGUCUGAGAAAUGAACUCGUUUGAGGUAGAACAUUUGCAUCCUAAAGUUUUCUGAGAUUUAUAACUUAUUUUGCCAAAACAACAAAACGUUGCAAGAAAAGUGUUGUGAAAAGCUGUGAGUUGAACAAUGCGACCUUUUGUUGCCAGAUAAUCAGGAUGGUUGCAAACGGAACGAACGUUGACUGCUGUUUUUUUAAGUAAUGUGACGCUGAGGUGAACUGCCAAUAGAGAGUUCUUUAAAUGUGUUUUGACUUUCUCUUACCCAUCUCAGUAUCUGAAUACUUAAAGUGAUGCAGCAGUGUGUUUGUGUAUUGUGUAUUUGUUGUGCCUCUAUGUUGAUGCUGCCCAUCUCGGUUGUACGUCUGUUAACUGAACAAAAAGCAAACGGUAGUUUCAUCGAAUUUAUCUUUCAAUCAAUUUUUCAAAUCUUGUCAGUUUCAUUGCACUUUUGUUGUUUUGAUUAUAUAACUAAAUGUAUUUCAUAACUACCCAAGGUAAAGCGAGUCUAAGAAAGGAUGUAUUUGUUCGCUUAUUUUACACUGAUUGUUGGUACAUCAUUGGACUGUUUUUUAUUUUUUUAAGGCUUUGAUCAAAGAAAAAUGUUAAACUCUUAGAAAAAUGACCCUUGAACUGUGAUCCUGACCCCUUGUCUUUGUUAAUUGGUUGAGCGGUCUUAAACAUGCAAUUGUGAAGAUUUCAUAAUUACAUAUUCUUGCGAAUAAUUACCGUGUUAAAAUCUAGGCGUACUUUAUGCUGUAUGUAUUCUUUUUUUGGAUCCCCAUUAGCUUCCACAAAGAGGUCGCUUGUCUUCCUGGUAGUCCACAAAACAAUCAAUAACAAUAUAAAUCAAUUUUAAAUCAAACUGUCACUAAAACAAGAAAAGACAAAACAAACCAAAUGUAAGUAUCAGGAGAUAACCGCUCUGCGUAUGGAACAAUAAACAAUGGUGGCCUACAAUGGAAACAAAAACAAAAUAGUCACUAAUACAAUAUAGUAAAACCUAUCAAAAGGAUUCUAAAACAAACCAAAAUAACAUCUAUAUGAGUCAUCCAUUUUUGUUUUAGUGACUUUCUGAAAGAAAAUCUUUCAGUCUGUCUGAUGUGGUGGGGAGCAUAUUCCAAGCAGAAGAAGUUCUAGAAGAAGAAGAAACACUUUGUUUUGACUCACACGUUCGCACGGACUGAACAAUAAAAACUAAUCUGGCUGCUCUGUUCUGUUCAAUUUGAAUUUCUUUUUAGAAGCUUCUCAGCUGCACUCAGCCAAAACGACUGGGCAGUGCUCCAGGUGUAUUGGGCUGUGACGGCAUUAUUGUGCCUGUAUUAGGGGACUUGUGUGUGUACACACACACACCAACACCUAUGGAUCAAAUGUAAACAGAGCAGACACAUAGCCCAUUCCCUCUGCUGCCAGCAGGCUAACCUCUGGUUAAACUCUGACCUCUUUACAGCACCAGGAAGAAGACUGAGCCCUCAACUCCCCGAGGUUCAGGUGUGUGUGUGUGUGUG